AAUCUCCUCACUAGACUUUUGUGGCUGGCUAUACAUACAUCUAGAAAAUAUAAUACUACUUUGAACCGCUUACGAAUUGGUCAUGGUAGAUUCCGGGAACAUUUAAAGAUAAUUAAACUAGAUGACCAAAAUGAUUGUCGGUAUUGCAAUUCCAAAAGCGUAAAAAUUUUAUAGCAUCUUUUCUUAGAAUGUUCUACCUUCAAUAUACAGAGAUUCCUAUUGAUAGAUGGCUUAAUAGAGAUAUACAAUAACUGCAGAAUACCCAGCCAAUUGCCAUCUAUCAUACAACAAUCUGAUAAACAAGAUUCGAAUAUGUAAUGAUUACUCUCGAAGACAUUUAAAUUGAUGAAAUUAACUAAUGAAUGGCCGAAAUGGAGAAUUUCACGGCCGUAAAACUUAUUUAUAAAAAAAAACAUUUGGUUAUAAUAUAUUGUUCGAAUGGCGUUUAGUUUCACGUAGUGAAUACUUUACCGUAACAGAAAAGAAAAAUAUAGGCUCCAAAGCAAAAAUAAUAUCAGUUUAUCAUAUUAUUUCGAUUACAAAAAAUACUUUCUUUUAAAACGUACAAUAGGUAAUUAAUAAAAUCAAAAAUAAAAAGAAUAUUCAUAAAAGAGUAACGGAACAAAACGUACUGGUCAGUGAUGCCAACAUGCAGAAAUCGAAAUUCAGAAAUAACUUGUCGCAAAUCCUCCAUUUUCCCUUUGUAACUUACCGGUGUUCAUAACACGUGCGUACGAACAAUUUACAUGGAAUAUUCGUGUGCCCGUGAUCAUAUUUAAAAAAAGGCAUCACUAAACAGUGCGUCGCGUUUCUUUCGACAGGUACGCCAUAACAAAUUACCAAAAUGAACACUGAGAAGCUGAAGAAACUUCAAUCACAAGUGCGUAUUGGGGGCAAAGGCACACCAAGGCGUAAGAAGAAGGUUGUGCACGCUACUGCAGCCACAGACGACAAGAAAUUGCAGUCAUCCUUAAAAAAGUUAUCAGUGAACACUAUUCCUGGUAUCGAAGAAGUUAAUAUGAUAAAAGAUGAUGGUACAGUAAUACAUUUCAAUAACCCAAAAGCACAAGCCUCGCUCGCGGCGAACACCUUCGCUAUUACCGGCCAUGGAGAGAACAAACAAAUCGCUGAAAUGCUUCCGGGUAUCCUGAGUCAGCUGGGACCUGAGGGUUUGAACCAAUUGAAGAGGUUGGCAUCGAGUGUGGCCGCGCCAAAGCCUCUAGAUGAGGAUGAUGAGGUACCUAACCUAGUAGGUAAUUUCGAUGAAGCCUCAAAACAAGAGGCUAAGGAAGUUUUAAUCGAAGAAACUAAAGAUGAAAAGAAGGAAGAAAAGAAAGAAGAAAAAGAGGAAAAGAAGGAGGUAAAGAAAGAGCCGGAAACCAAAGCUGCAGAUAAGAAAAGCGACUAAGCGAUAUCGUAACAAACUGGUCUAGUUUUUAAUUUUGCUCACCAGAUGAAAUGAUAAAAAGUUGGGGGUUUCCAAAGCCAUUUGACAGGUCUCAAACGGUAUAUAAUUUUUAGUUUUAACAUGUUUUGUGUUCCUUAAAUAAAUGUAUUUAAAUUAUGUUUCUCAUUUAUUGUAGUGUCAUGUAUUCAUUAUACUCUGAACACUGAAUUUACAAUAUACCUAUCUAUAAUCAUAUUAUGAUUAGACUUAUGACUUUGGAAAUCCUUCUUGAGCCAUCUCAUCUCUAAAUAGCUUCUGUCUCUUAUGCCAUGCACUAAUUUAGUUUUAAAUAACAGCAUAACUAGAAAUAAUGUUGUUUUCUCAUCUUAAGCUUAAUUUGGUAUAACAAUAGUUGAGGAAUUGGCAAAAGGACAUAUAAUUGUACAAAUUCAAUUUUAUAUUUAUAUGUAUGUGAAUCUUUUUUUCUUUGCACCACAGAAUAGAUAUACCAUGAUUAUAUGUAUAGUAAAAGGUGCGUUUGUCACCCAUAAUAAUAUUUUUAAUAAUGGUAUUUUCAGAAGUUGUUAAAACCAUGAUGUCCGUUUGGAAUAUAUUGCUUUCUCAUUUUAAAUAAAAGUUAAAAAAUAAAUUAGGUUUAAAGAAAAAAUAUAGUCACAGAUAGCUCUUAGGUUAAACAGAGCUAACAUUGUAUAAUAAAAUGCAUAAAAAUUGCAAAACAUUGUAAUUGAUUGGAGUUUUAAGUCAUUAAAACUUUGGUCUGGGAAUUCUUGUAUUAUUUGUACUUAUGUAUAAAACAUACCUAUUAUGACUAUAUAUCCAUGUCACAUUAUUAUUGAUGCCGGUUUCUUCAAAGUUUUACAAUUUUAACAAUUUAAAUAUUUUAAACUUGCACAUAAUAUAUUUUAUAUUAAACAAGUGGUGCCCUGCGAUUUCACAUGCAUAAAUUUGAGGAAGAAUGAUAAAGUGGAUUACCCUUAAAAUAUGCAUUUGCUGUUGCGAACUUUUUUAUUGAAAUGAAAAGAUUUUUUUUAUGUUUCUCUUCCCGUAUUACGCAGCGCAUGCAUGAAUGUUCUCAAAUAGAAUUAUUUUAUUUUUGCAAAAUCACUUGUCAAUCACAAUGCUCCUAUUACUCAUUGCGUUAUAUUAAAUAGCCGCUUCCUUGAUACAUGCUCUAAACAAAACAAAAAGCAUUUUUCAAAUCGGACCAGUAGAUCCUGUGAUUAGCUUAUUCAACUAAACAAACAAACUUCAGCUUUAUAUUAGGAAUAGAUUAAAUUAUCAUCACAAGAUCAUAAUUUAAAUGAGAAAUGGUUUUUCUUAGAAUUAUAGGUAGCUGGUUUAACUAAAAAACUGUCUUGUUUGCAAAGAAGGCUUCAAACUAAAUGAUCUAUUUUUUAAAAACCAUUGCCUGAAUGAUAAGAUUCUGUUACAACUUCACACACCUGUGGGUGGGCCAUGAUGAUAAAUUGAUGUACAUGCCCUCCGAGGGGCUACAGUGGAAAAACGUUGGUUUCAUAUAUAAUAAUUCAGUAAAAUAAUUUUAAUGAAUGGACAGAUUUAUAAGGUAAUUUGUAGGACAACAUACAAAAAUUUGAGCAUUGUUGAGUGACUACAAAUAAAGAAAAUCCAAUCAGUUGUGGGCCACAAAAAUGAAUUCAUGAGAAAUAUCUCUGCCUAUCUCAUCAUAAAAUGAAAAUAGUUGAUGCAUUUUCAACAGAAAAAUUUUUAGUUUGUCGGCUUUUUGUAAUUAACUCCUUGUUAUUUAGAUCAUCAUCGUCAUUGUUAGUAAGCUAAAAUAUGCAUCAACUAUUUUCGUAUUAUGAGCAUGGUAUGAGUUAUUUUUCAUGAUUCGUUUUUGAGUGUUUUGACCGAGGGCCUACUUACUUGAGCCUAUUAUUCCAUACUGGUAGAAUUUAUUAGCCUCGUACUCAAAGGAUAGCAUUUUAACUACAUCUGCUAAAUUUCAAAGCUUGCAUAAGAAACUUAACUACAAAUUUGUAGCAGUAGAGUAAAUUUUGAACACGUAAGAACUGAGGGCCUAAAAUCUGAUUGGAUUUUCUUUAUACGUGACUACGUAGUACGUGAGUGACUACUCAACAGAGCUUAUAUUUGUGUACGUAGUCCUAUAAAUUACCUUCUAAAUAUACUAUAUACUAUUCAUCAAAAAUAUUUAAAUUAGUCAGAUACAGUAAUCUGAAAAUUGAGGCAUUUCGCCAGAGAGCCCACAUUCGUUGAGUCAUAGCGUUUAACUAAAAACAGCUAUAAAUUUAUCCAGGCCAUAGCUUUUUUAAAGGUCCUGUUAAAUCUUCAUGUACCCAUACGAAACCUACGUUGCCACUGUGGCCCCUCGCCUCGCACAUGGCAUUCAUGAGGUUCAGGUUUGAAUCUAGGAUCGUGGUUGGCUAAUCUUAAAUAAGACUCAUGGAUUUUUCUAAACUUUUAUUAAUAUCAGGACACAUCACUUAUUAUGAGUGAAGGUCGUAGCAGACGUAUCAACUCUGAAAGGCAUCGUCGUCACCGUUUCAACUCGAGCUGUUAAAGAAGUAAGUAUUCUUUGUAUGAAACCCCCUACUGCAACGCAUACUAAUUGGAAUUCAAGAAUCAUAACGCCUCGACUGCAUUACAUUAGGGAAUUUCACACAAAAAAUACUGAACGGCUGAGUUGAUACGGUGACGAUGGAACGAACGAUCCCUUUCACAGCUGAUAUGUCUGACACAAGAUGGCGGCGGCAUAGACAAAAUGGGCGGCAGGCUGAGACGGCGGAGGGCGACGCGACGCGACGAUGACCUUGACAACGAUAUAGAUCGAGUCUGCGACCAUAGACUAUCAGGGAUGUAAAGAAUACAGUGCGACUAAUAUCUUAUGGCACAUGGUAGUAAUCCUCAUUUCUCCACAUAAUCACC